AUGGCUUCGGGCGCCGGCGGUUCGUCUGAAGACGAGUCGACGUCGGUUUCGUAUGAGGACGAGUGGUGGGAGAUGAACUGCUCGAUUAUACCGCCCGAGUUCAAUCGGUAAGGACUUUACACACGUUUUGCGACGUUUCGCAACUGGAACUUUGAACACAGUUUUAGUUGCAAUGUGUCCAGUUGCAAAACGAAACAUCUUUAUGACUAAUUUAUUCUGCUUCUGAUCAUCAUGGAACAUGACGAGCAAAAAAUGAUUAUUGUGCAGGCACGGAAAUUAUUAAUUUGGAGGGCACCAUCUGCAAUGUUUUAUUCAGUUGAUAUUUGGUGUUUCUGGGCAUGAACUUUGACAUCCUCAUUCGAUCGUUUUGGUCUGUAGAUGACGUCGUUGUGGACUAGGAAAAGCUAGGCCAUGUGAUUUGUCUUUACUUCACUUUUUACUUUUCAGACUAAUGCUCGUCGGCGUGCUGGGCGCCGUGAUCGCCUUCAUCUCCGUCUGCUUCAACACGUUCCUCUUCGUGGUGCUGUGUCGGAAUCCACGUCACCGCCACUCGCACCUCGUAUACCUGAUGUUCCUGGCGAUGGCCGACAUCUUCCUCUCGGCCGCCUACAUCCUCCUCUUUCCCGUCAACCUCUACAUGGACUACUUUGCGUCGGAGCUUCUUGCGGACGCCUGGUGGGCCUACAUGCGCAUCAUGAUCACCAUUUCGCACGUCUUCAUCUCGACGUCCGCGUUUCUGAUUUGUGCCGCCGCGUUCGAGCGGUAAGCGGAUGCGUGGGGCGAAUCGAAAACAAGACGUUGCUUCAGGUACAUCACAAUAUCGAAGAUCGCCUGUCAGUUCGCCCGACACCACCGACUCAUCAUCAUCGUCGUUUGCAUGUGCAUCGCCGUCAUCGCCAAAGGACCAAUGUACUUUGAAGUCGAGGUACAACCGAUUAAAUGCAGUUGCGAAAUGUCAUUUUAGGUAGUGCCCAACGCCAACUGCACCGGAGUCACCUCUCUGACGGCCAUUCCGUCCGAGUUCUCCGAAUCGGAACCCUACAAAACUGUGUACAAGGUAUAAUGGUGGCCCAGGAAAAAGUUCGGUUAUGAAAUGUUGACAUCUGGUACUUGACACCCUGUUUCUACAGAGACUCCCUAGAGUACUGUGGCGUUAGGAACGUGCAAACUUCCAAGAGCUACAGAGCUCCAGGGAGUGGUCGUAGAAAAACGUUGUCAACUAGCAAACUGAAGUACUAAAUGUCAAGACUUUACAAAACAACUUUGAGAUCCAUAGAUUCAUGACUGACUGUACACAAUACUCAUUCAAAGUUUAGACAACUAACACUCAAGGCCACACUUUCGAGGGCUCUAACUUUUUUCACAGAGGCUGUACAAAAAAGUUGUCAACAUAGAACAGAAAGAUUUAGGUGCCUAGAGUACAGAAAAAAAUUUUGAGGGCUAUAUCUCGUAUACUGAGUGGGUGGCAUCCAUCCAAAGUUAGUACCAUUUAUUCAAAACGAUUAUAUCAGCUGCCGUUAGAGAUAGUGAAAAGUUGACAACAAACAUUGUGUUUAUUAAGUUAUUGUAUACAUUCUCUUAGUUGACCACUAUUUUUUUUUACCUCUCUGCAUAUAGAGAAGAUACAUUGAUUUGAAUAAUCGCCAUUUUUGCAACACUUCUUUUCCAGUUCUGGUUCCGUAACCUGCUGACCGUGGCGCUGCCGUUCAUCAUGUGCUUCUACCUCAACUUUGCCAUCAUGCACCGCCUACGCAUCCAGCACGUCGGCGCGAAGCUCUUCCGCUUCGCCACCUCGGAGCACCGACAGAACAUCCGCGCGGCGACGCUGAUGCUCGUGGCGGUCACCUGCUCCUACCUGGCCUCCAAUUUGCUCAACGUCGUCGUCUACACGUGGGAGCUGGUCGACAAGGAGUCGUUGCUCUCCGAAAACAUCCGGCCCCUGUACACCCUCUCGUCGGACCUCGUCUCCUUGUUGACUGUGGUUGCCAGCGCGUGCCGACUUCCGAUCUAUCUCGUGUGCAACGCGCGGAUCCGAUGUGAAAUUCUGGACUACGUCGACAAUUGUGUGCUGACGCAUUUCAAUAUCAAACCUUAUACGGUUAGUUUCUCAUGAAAUAGUGCGCUUCACCGCUCUUUGCCCACUCCUACGCAUGUCUAUCCAUCCUCUUCUCUCAGGGUCUCGGCAGUAAACGAUGUCGAGCAACUACCGUUCGUUACUGCGACACUGGCAGCGGCUACAUGAUCUAUGACGUAGGUUUUCGCCGCCAAAAAUUGCAAAAAUUUCCCCAUUACUCUAUCGCGUCUAGCAUAGGCUAAUGAUAUUCAGACGAAACAGGACGAGGUGGCACCCCAGACACUGGUAAGACUUGCCUCCCACGCAAUUUCUUCCUCUUUGUUUCUCUCUACCGUAAUCCUGUAGUACCUCCUUCUUCAUCUUCUUCUUCUUCUUCUUCCGCAUGGAAUUCUGAUAUUAUGCGUGUCCAUUAUCAUGAUCAAUAUUCAAAACUAAUCACAUUUCAGGCGCCGAACAAAAAAGGCGAACGGCGGGUCCGAUCGGUUGGCACCGGGCUCGAUCGAGUGGUUUUGUCGGUGGCGAUGGGCGGAAUCAAGGCGAGCGGACACUUGACGGUUCCGUUGAACCACAACAACAAUAAUGUUAUCGAUAAUAGAAACAAUAAUGAUAAUUUGAUGUUGAUUCAAGAGGAAUGA